AUGGGCAUCAUGGAGAGGCUGGCAGCUUCGUCAGCCGCCCAAUGCGGCCCCGAGGCACACAAUUCUGCUGCUCGCUUGGGGGCCUCAGCCGUUCCGGACCCCGUCGCGGCAAAAUUGCCCCGGUCUAUUGAUUAUCUGCGUCCUGCUGCUUGCUUGAUAUCGGGUUGCUGGGUAGGGGAGGAGGGGAGGAAGGGAGACAAGGAAAGGCCUUCUGGUGAUGGCUUCUGGAUGAUUCACUUACAGCAAGCAGCUCUACGGUCCCGUCAUCGGCGACCCCUCUUCUGGCUGUCUGCCCGCCUUUUCUGGCGAUCCAACCCUCUAGCUCUGCACGUUAUCCUGCUCUCCAUUUAUCUGCUCGUUCUUCCUGCUCCCUAUGGCCCUAGCGCUUAUUAUCUAUGUAGGGUCUGUGUCGGACUGCAUUUCUACAACAGACGCUCGCUGCAUGCACAUGCUCACAUGGGCAUUGCAGCAUUGGCAGCACUGCAGGAUGCAGAGUUGUGCUCUAGACAGUAUUGGCACACGCAGAGUACAGGUAGGAACUGCCCGGGUAGUAGUAGCAUCGAUCAAGCGCCUGUCAACCCCGUACCCGAAGCAGAAUCAAUAGCACAGCCUUGUGCAGGUACUCUGUACAUGUACGAACCAGUACAGUAUCUGCUCGCACGCACAUAUAAGGGUCGAGGCACCUCUCGCCAAAUUCUCCAGGUCAAUGGAACCAGCUGCAUUAGCCCGCUAUUAGCCCGCCCAACAGGUCUUCAGUUAGCCCGCCUGGCAGCAACAGGCCCUACAAGUACAGGUCUGGUAGCAUUCGCACUCCCAGCACAGGGGCCACUGAACUUUGCGGCCGCCCACGAACCCUGCCAGAGCUGCCAAGCUCGUGGCUGCGCGAACGGAAAAGGGAGCGCCGCGGUACCGACAACCGAGCCUGGAGUACCUGUACGCGACGCCGUAUUGUCGAGUACCAGCUGGGGACUCAGCAGACUUGGCGCUGGCACCAGUCGCAGCCCUACCUACCGCUAG